CCAACACAAGUAACAAAGAGGCUAAUAAAAACAAACAAUUAAAAAAGGGUAAACAAAAAGUUAAUAAUGCAAGUGACGAAGAAAGCUUCAACCAGUCUGUGACAGAUGUUGAAGUCAACAGAAAUAAGCAAGAUUCGGAUACUGAUAAUAAAGACUUUUCAACAAAUAAUUAA